AUGGUGAUCUUUGCUAAGAGGAGUUGGCUUCAUCACAGGCGCAUCAUCUGGUGGGACUUUGAAGAACCCAGCAUUGGAAAAGCCACCGUGCUUUCAUUUUCUCGGCAUGGGGUACGUCAAUUGAGCCUGGCUGACAUCAACCUCGAUGCAGCUCAACAAGUAGCCCACGACAUCAAGUCACAUUUCCCUGGCAUCAACGCCAUUGCGCGCAGGAUUGAUUUCACAAGCGAGUCGUCCAUCAACACAGCAAUUUCAGAUACCGUGAAGCAACUUGGUAGGAUUGAUUAUGCGGUCAACAGUGCGGGAAUUGCAGGGCCUCCUGUUUUGUCUGCAGAGCACGAGCUGGAGGGAUGGAAAAGUACGCUCGAUAUAGACCUCACGGGUGUUUGGUCAACUAGUUGGGCUGAGAUAAGAGCGAUGUUAAAGCAAAGGAAGUACGAAGAAUUUACUGCUUCCCGCCGACAUAACUUGGGAGUGAUCAUCAAUGUAGCCUCAAUGUACGGUAUCAUUGGAACAUCUUUAAAUGUCCCAGUGGUCUCUUAUACAGCUGCGAAGCAUGGCGUGGUUGGUCUAACGCAAGCGGAUGCUAUCGCCUAUGCACCUCAGGACAUCAGAAUCAACGCAAUUUGUCCAGGAUAUGUUCGAACCCCUCUCGUCGGUAGUAGCAUGCAUACAGAGAUCAUGCAGAGAGAGGGGGCCAAGGUGCCAGUGAAGAGAAUUGUGGACAUGGACGAGAUAGCAGAUCAUAUCACCUUCCUCGCAUCGCCUAUGAGCAGCUACAUGUAUGGCUCGGCCCUUGUGGCAGAUGGGUAA